GUGGCUCAGGGGGGGUCACCGAGCUGCGGGCCGGCAUGGCGAAGCGCAAGCUCGACGAGGUGGAGGGGGGACCGGCGGUCAAGGGCGGAGGGCCGGGCGCGCCCGCGAAGGCCCUGAAGAAGGGCGGGGCCGAUUUCUUCGACGCGGCCGAGUGGGGCAAGGCGGAGAAGUUCCAGGAGUUCCUGGAUCAGGGGGUAGAUCCGAACUCCGUGGACGAGGACGACGACCCCGUGCUCUUCACCCUGUGCAUGAAGGGGCACGCGGGCCUGGUGGAGAGGCUGCUGGCGUCCGGAGCCGAGCCGUCGCGGCUCAACGACGUGGGCUUCACGGGGCUCAUGAUCGCCACGCGGCAGGGCCACGCCUCGGUGGUGAAGGCGCUGCUGGCCGGCGGGGCCGACCCCUCCGUGAAGAACCCCCAGGGCGAGACGGCUCUGGACAUUGCGCACAAGGAGGGCAAGGGCGAGUGCGCCGCCCUGCUCGCGUGCUGAUAGCAAAAAGGGGGCGCGGGGGCCCGCGGGGGCUCGGGCCCCCCGCCGCUGGCACGGGCCGCCGUCGAGAGGCAGGCUCGGCCGGGCGGCGGUGAGAGUGCCGCGCCGUCUCUGGGCCGCUUCCGGGAUGAGCCAGGACGGUCGGGGGACUUCAGCGUGCGCUCUGCACUUCCAGCGCGCACGCUU